AUGCAUCAAUCGCCCGUGCGGAUUGAAACGACUUCCGCAGCUCAUGCGGCCAUACAACGCUGGCGUGAUCAACAAGCUGGCAAGGCUAAAGAUGAAGGUUUGCGUAUUGGUGCACCAUGCAAAAACAAUGCUUGUGACAAGUCUUAUUCCGGGCCAGAAUCCGACGAAACCCCAUGUAUACAUCAUCCUGGUCAAGCAGUAUUUCACGAAGGCAUGAAGUAUUGGUCUUGUUGUCAAAAGAAAACCUCAAACUUCAAUGCUUUCCUACAACAAGGAGGAUGCUCAAAAGGGAAGCAUCAAUGGAGUGCAAAUGAAAAGGUGGAUCAUGUGCGAGUGAUUGGUUUUCGGCUAACGGGUUGAUCACCAUUAAUGUUUAUUGUAAGGGUGCUUUACCUGAAGAUGUACGUGUCACAAGCGAUGGACAAAUGCUACGUCUGCACAUUGUGCACGGGUUUGGAAAGAAGGAAACGGAUUUGAUAUAUGAUCUAUGGGGAGAAGUUGUUUGCGAGGAAAGCAAAG